AUGCCCGGCAGCAGCCCUGGUGGCAUUGGUUUGCUGGAACUUGUGCCAGGCACGCCCGAGCAGGCACCAGGUGAGGGGGACCAACCUGCCGGGCUGGCUGUGUUCCAGGAGCCCACCACGGAGCCAGCGCACAGUGUCGACCCCAGGGAUGCCUGGAUGCUCUUUGUCAGGCAGAGUGACAAGGGUAUCAAUGGUAAGAGGAGGAGCAAGGGCAAGGCCAGGAGGCCGAAGCUUGGCCUGCCAGGGCCCCCGGGGCCACCUGGCCCCCAGGGCCCCCCAGGGCCCCCCAUCCUACCCGAGACACUGCUGAAGGAGUUCCAGCUGCUGCUGAAAGGUGCAGUGCAGCAGCAUGAACGCACGAAGCCUGAGCCCUGCAUUCGGUGUUUGGCUGAGACCACGGGCUCAAGCCCCGCCUCGGGCUCCAUUGAGGAUGAGGCGGCGGCCGGGGGCAUGCUGGCGCUGCUGGCUGCGCCCCUGGCUCCAGGCCCACUGGCUAGGCGUGUGGAGGCGGCCUUCCUCUGCCGCCUGCGUGGGGACGCACCUGUGGAGCGCCGCACACUGCACGAGCUCGGCAUCUACUACGUGCCUGAGUCCGAGGGUGCCUUCCGCCGCGGCCUGGGCCUGAACCUGACCAGCGGCCAAUACACGGCGCCCGUGGCUGGCUUCUACCUUCUGGCUGCCACACUGCACGUGGCACUCGCUGAGCAGCCAAGGCACGGGCCUCUGCGCCCCAGAGACCGCUUGCGCCUGCUCAUCUGCAUCCAGUCUCGCUGCCAGCACAACGUCUCCCUGGAGGCUGUCGUGGGCCUGGAGAGCAGCAGUGAGCUUCUCACCAUCUCAGUGAACGGGGUCCUGUAUCUGCAGACGGGGCAGUAUGCUUCUGUCUUCCUGGACAACGCCAGCGGCUCCGCCCUCACAGUGCGGGGUGGCUCCCACUUCAGUGCUGUCCUCCUGGGUGUGUGAAUGGCCACAGGCCCUGCUUUCACCAGGCAACAUCUAGACAAUUGGAAGGACAGCCACCCAGGUAAAAGGAAGCCCACCUGGAACUCUGCCCACACUGGUCACUGCAGUUGGGCCCAGAGGUGGCCCUACAGAGGUGACACACACCAGUGGUUCCAGGACCCGCAGUGAUGUUUUGAGAGUGCAAGAUCCCUCUGGGCUUCACCUUGGAACCGCCCAGCAUGCCCAGUGGCACUGUGUGUCCUCGGCUGCGAGCCAGCUCCCACAUGGCCCCACACAGCUCAGCUUUCCCGGGGCCCAUCUUUUUUGGCCUUCUCAUGGGCUACAGAGAGCCCUCUGCACAGGGCUGAUGGGCACCAACGAGAAGCCAGCCACACGUCCUCACCGCAUACUGGGGAGCCAGGCUGUCUGGGGCAGCGGCCUUGCCCACCACUCACCUGCUGACUUGGGCUUCCAAGCCUCUGUGCCUCUCCCCAGCCUUGCUUCUACCUGCUGUGAGCUUCAGGGACCUGCAUGGCCCCCCGUGACCACUGAACUCAAGACCUGAUGUGGACUCUUGGCCUAACUGCUUCAGGAACCAGAGGCUUGGCUCCCAGCAGCUGUUUCCCUGCUGUGUGCCAAGCUCAACUCCCAAGUCCUCCUUGCAGGUGCCUUGGCAAAUGAAACCGCACUCCCCCCAGUGACCCUUCAGACAAGGCCUCCUGGGCCCACUCCAGAGGCCUGCUCCGAGGCCCCAGUGUCCCCACAGG